UCCCUGCGGCUCGGCUUCUAUUUAGUGUCUAAUCAAUCUGGGCCAGGAUCAAGACAGUCGGAGCGAAGGAAGCAGCCUCAUCUACGUUCUGCACAACAGCCGAAAUUAAGUGCGUGUCCUGAAGACCGGUCAUCUGGCUGUAAGAGCUGCAUACACAGUAGAAACUCUUCAAGGGCUGUUCGGCAAAUCUAUGGCUCCAUCAUCAUUCUUAGGCUUAGAAGGCCUCCAUGUCUUCAUUACAGGUGCCGCAAGUGCCAUUGGUAGGCAAGCGGUGCAGGAAUUCCUAGACCAAGGAUGUAAAGUGACUGCGCUUGAUCGUCACUUGGAGAUCCCCGAAACAGCCACAGGAGAUGCAUACGCCAGACUCCAUGUUCUCAAGGGGGAUACUAUAGACGAGGAAUCCAUCCGAUCCAGCGUGUCGCAAGCCAGCAAGCGUUUUGGUCCUAUCAACAUCCUCAUCGCCAAUGCUGGCACCGCUGAUCCAAGCAACAGCCUCCCCAUCUGGGAGUUGCCGCUGGAAACCUGGGAGAAGACAUCCCGCGUCAAUGUACGGGGAACCUUUCUCACAAUCAAGCACUUCCUUCGAGCUGCUCAAGUCGCCCAGCAGUCUCUGGGCAGAGAGCUAGACAAUCUUGCUAUCGUCGUGACAGGCGAGUUAUCUAGCGAGAGUGAUUUGCAGACCGAGUUGGUCCAGAGCGUGAAGUCCGAUAUUGUCCGUCUCAACGGCCGCGCAAGAAUCAAUGUUGUUGCCCCUGUCAAUGCAUCAACGGGGACGCAGGCUUCCACGUCCCCUGGACAAGCGGCAACUCCAGAGGCGAUAUGUCGAACAAUCGCAUUCCUAGCCUCCCACCGCGCAGCAGGACAUAUGACGGGUCAAUGCCUGAAUCUCAACGACAGCACCUCAGCUCCCCCAACAACCAGCCUCACCACCACCAUCCCGCCCGUACUAUCCAACCCUAAGCGCAACAAAAUCCGCGUUGCCGUCUCUAUCGAUCUCGACGCCGUCUCCGGGUGGCUCGGAACCGGCCACCACCCCGACAACAUCCUCGCCGACUACUCAGCAGGCUUCUUCGCUGCGAAAGUCGGCGUCCCUCGUCUCCUGCACAUGCUCAAGAAACUCAACCUCGCAGACCGCUGCACCUGGUUCAUCCCCGGCCACUCCGCCGAAAGCUUCCCCGAGGAAGUGCGCCAAGUGAUCGACUCAGGCUGCGAAAUCGGACUGCACGGCUACGCCCACGAAGGCGCCUACCAGCUCACCGUAGAACAAGAGCGCGACGUCCUGACCAAGUGCAUCGAGAUCGCCACCAAACUCACCGGCAAGAAACCCGUCGGCUACCGAGCCCCCUUAUAUCAACUCCGCGAAUCCACUCUUGAUCUCCUCGAAGAAUUUGGCUUCGAAUACGACGCCUCCCUAACCGACCACGACAGCCACCCCUUCUUCGCCCCCCGCCGUCCUCCUCUCCAACCCAUUGACUUCUCCCUCCCCGCCUCCACCUGGAUGCACCCCAUCCCGCAAACCACCACCGACCGCCGUCCUCUCGUCUGUGUCCCUUGCAAUUGGUACAUGGAGGACAUGACCCCCAUGCAGUUCCUGCCACAUGCGCACAACUCCCACGGAUACACCGAUGUCCGUGUUAUCGAAAACCUGUGGAAAGAUCGAUUCCUGUGGAUCAGGGAGAACGAGGAAGAACCUAUUUUCCCGGUUUUGAUGCAUCCGGAUACGAGUGGAAUGGCGCAUGUUAUUGGUAUGUUAGAGCGGUUGUUGACUUGGUUGAAGGGGUGGGGGGAUGAGGUGGAGUUUUGUCAGACAGGGGAGAUUGUGAGGUGGUUUAGGGAGAGGGAGAUGAAGGGUGAAGCUUGAGUGAAAGUAGGUUGUUAUAUUAUAUUACGAAUUGACCUGGAGAAGUACUCAAUUGUACUUAAUACUUAUUGAAAGGAU